AUGUUACAAUUUGGGAAAAUGUCCAAAUGCUGCUGCUUCUCAUUGGCAGGCGGGUGUAUUUCAGCAAUCAUCUUUCAUAUUAUACUUUGCAUAACACAAAUAUUUUCUGAAGAAGAUAAUAAAAUAUGGAUAAUUGUUUCAAGUUCAGUAUUAGCUGUUUUAAUAAUUCUUGGAUUAGCACUUAAAAAUUAUAUUAUAAUGAUUAUUGUUUCGAUUUUUGCUGCAAUUUUUGCAUGUUCUUCUAUUAUAACUCUUAUAUUUAUUAUUAUAUCUUUAUUUAAAAAAGACCAAUAUAAUAUUGAGACUAAAGUUUUAGCUAUAAUAUCAACGUCAAUCAUUAUUAUAAUAAUAAUAUUAUAUUUUAAUAUAUAUUUAUCUACAAGUAGAGUUUUUAAAGUUGGAGGAACUGGAUGGGAAUACAAAAACUACAUUCAAAUAGAAGAAGAAAAAGCAGAAAAAGAUAAGGAAGCUGAACCUGAACAUUCAGGAGAUUACAAAGCUUAA